AUGUGCGGGUCUUGUGUAUUGGAUAUGGCAAACGUUUCAAGUACUGCGUUACCCAUACGGAUGUACUCCGAGCGUCUAAAAUAUUUAGAACAUAAAUUAGUACAAGACGGGUCUGUGUCAAUUUCCUUUUUGAAUGGGGAACCAGUAGAAAGUUUUCAGGAAUCUGUGGAUGUAAAGCCAGGUGUUCCUGAUAAUGGUAGGUGUUUUUCGACUAAAAUAGUUGUAGACUUAAGUCCAGCCUUGGCUGGAAUAGGUAUUGGGGUUGCCAGGUUACUUUAAGCGAGUUUACUUAACAUCUUUUAGCAUGUUCUUAGAGGUCUUAUUAUCACAUCCAUUCAUUGUAAUGAGAAAUCAGUGUCAAGUUGUGGAAUCCAGUCUAUGUCUACAUUUAACCCCUUUCACCCUCAUACCUGUUGUUCGGAAGUGUAUACAAUCUCAAGGUCUAUCAUUUCUUUGGAAGGGGUUGGGUAGUGUGUUUAUCAUUCGUGGUUUAAACCUUAUGACUGAGAAUCUCGUUUGUGAACUUACACCAUUACCCAAGGAGGUCUCCAAAUUAAGUUCGUCCAGACGCCUCCUAGGUCAUCUUCUUCUCAAAGUUUGUUCAUGGGUUGUUCUCACCCCAUUUUUCGCAGCAAGCAUUGUUGAACUUAUCCAGUCUGAUAAAGCUUCUGAACCAACCACCCUUCUUUCUUGUGUACUCGAUGGUUUUUAUCGCUUAUUUCACAUGCCGUCAUCCCCAAGAUUAGGCUCACCAGGUUCAAUGUUUCGCAGUGGUCAUAUUAUCAAAAGCAUCCCGAUUGCGUCGUCACGUUUGCUGCCUGUUUGGCGUCUCUUUCCUCCUGUUGCUUUACUAAAUGUCGGUCAUUAUGUUGUUCGAUCGUUUGCAAACACUGUAGCUUUAUAUUAUUGGAGUGGUAAUGAGGAUCGUCUUGAACGAGAUGCGGAAAUAAACUUCAAUUAUAAGACUGAAGGUUUUAAUCGGAAUAAGUGUUCUCCUGGAUUUCCUACACCAAACAUACAUACAUCUAUUAGUGAGUGUCAUACAACGGAUAUGGAUACUUUAACUUACCAACGUCAGGACACCGCUUUGCAGGCUAUUUAUGAUCGUUAUUAUGCCGACUUGUUCGCUGGGAUGACAGCUAAUUUUGUCGCAGAUGUUGUACUUUAUCCAGUAGAAACCCUAGUACUACGGUUAUGUGUUCAAGGCACUCGUACGCUGGUUGAUAAUAUGGAUACGGGUGAUGUAGUUGUUCCCAUUGUUUCUUCAUAUGAUGGAUUUUUUGAUGCACUUCGCUCUAGCUUGGGCUCGUCUGUUGGAAUUCUGGGUCUUUAUAAAGGUUUUGGUGCUCUUAUAGCUCAAUAUACCCUACAGGCACUGUUUAUUUUUGGGGUCCGUUGUUUGUAUGAACAUCUUCUUUGUCUUUGGGCUCCUCCACCUACUGAUAACAAAGUUUCCUCAAAGUCAAGUUCCAGACCAAAUGUAUCUACCGCGUUUGAGGGCUUGGAGUCAGUUGCUGUUGGUGACUCUCCGUCUAUUGUUAAUAACUGCUAUUGCAAAAUAUAGCUGCUGGAAACAAUGAACCAUUGUAUGGUAUUCUACGUUACUGUCUGCCUAUUUGGUGCAUUAUGACAAUCUUUGUGCUCGAAUAAGUAAAACAACUAUAAUAUUUAUGUGAAUGUGAUUGACAAAUUUAUUCAAGUACAACCAGAAUGUGUUUUUGAAGGUUUUCAAAGUUAAGACAUCUGGUAAGUGACGGCUGUUUCAGAGGACAAUCUUCAUUACGCAUAAUAAGCAUCAUCUUAUUUACUCUUGGUGUUAUUCGGAUAAUAUUAUGCUUUGUCUUGGCAUUAGUAAUUGAAUCCAGGUUACUGAUAGCUGCAGACCUAGUAUUUUUGAAGAGUAAUACUUACCAGCAACAGAUAAUAUUUUUUGAGAAUAAUUAUAGAUUCAUGAUUUUUUAAGUCUUAAGUUUUGAAUUCUUAACUCCCUCUCUCUCCAAUUUCUCAUGCUGCUGCAGUAAAUCGUACUUUUCGUAUCAGUAGUUUGAUAUUGUGUAGUGGGUUAUUGGAUUUUCCGUCGUUCAAGGUUAAUUAUUAAGUAUAUUUACAAAUACUUUUGUAAUGAUAUCGAACUUAUUAGAUAUGGUAAAAUUUCUUUUGAAACAACCUGUCUUCUUCCUUAAGUUCGUAUCCGUUCAGCUGGCGUAUCGAUGUGUGACCUACUCAUUCAGUCAUAAACUAUGGGAUCAUGUGUCUUUUCUCACUAUUCGAUCGCCCUUAGACCCCAAUUUCGUUCCCAUCUUUAAACUAACUUAUCAAUAUCACAAGCUGAACGAGGUGAAUUUUCCAUUCUUUAUAAAAAGAGUAGCUGUUUUUAAAAAAAUAAUGUGAUCAUUGGGAGUUCACUGACUUGAAUGAAUUGACAAGAUAUAAUUUAAAUGAAAGUUAUUGAUUUUAGCGUAGUGUACCCAUCAGUAAUCAUUAUGAUUCCCCAUUAAUUACUGGCGUAUUGUUCUAGACUUUAUAGGCACUCUCAGUGCACUUGUUAAAUCUUAAGUCUUCUCAAAUAACAAUCUCACUUAUUCAACUACCCUCAUUCACCGAAUUCAUUCCGUAUAAAUUUAGAAGUUUACUGACGAUAAACAUUUACAACUUGGUCAUAAUGUGCUGAUAAAUCUAUAGACGCUUUUAUUCUAAUGAUUACGACAUCGAAAUGUCAAUAACAAAAGUGAGAAGCUUAUCCCCUGAUAUCAGUCAAUAAACUUAGGAAAGUAUGAAUUCUGAAGAAUAAUUAUGACGCAAUGUAAUAUCCAAUAAAACCAAAAGUCAAUAAUCGUUAAGUACGUUUUUUUCAUCGCUUUUAUCUCCGCUUUGUUUUUGAUCACUUAGGGUGCGUUGUUUUAGGAAACCCACUUCUUACUUUAUCUGUCAGGAUGACCAGUUUAUGCAUAAAAAUAACAUACUCAUUGAGUAAAAAAUCGCCUGUCACUUGUUCUUCCUAGUUAUGGGUUACUAAUCAUUCUAGGAUGACGAAAUUUGUCUCAACUAAGAAAAUGUUCAUUGUUUUUUUUCUGUAACACAUCACUGCAGUAUUAUCUGUAGUUGUUUUGGCUCACAUCGAGCCAUAGAAUAAAUACAUCAAACAAAGAAAACGAAUAGUUUGUCAGUGAUAUGUGCUUAUUGUUAUAUUUUAUGGUCUGUUAAUUAUAUCGAGAUACGAUUGUCAACUAGAGAACAGUGACUUAUCGACCGAACCAAUAACGCCUAGAGUUCUUAUUGAUCCUUUUUCUGCCUAGCAUUGCCUGUUGAGUCCAGAACGCAAAUAUCAACCUCCCUUAUAUGAAUCAUAUACUUGGUUUACGUUCAAAUAAACCAUACCGCAUCAUACCAUGAAAUAGCAAGUAAUAAUUAUACUUUUCGAUAAUGCAAUGAGAAGACGAAUUUUAUCAGAAUUAUGUGAUAUAUCUGCGCAAUACAUUUCGAACAAUCUGAUCACACAUAAUUAUUAAGACAUUUUUAUAUGAAAAUCAAAAGGUCAACUAGACAGGUUAAAGGUGAGCUGCAACAAAGAAAAAAAAAUUAUACAAAAUCAGACCAAAAGUUGGCUGUGAUUGAGAGAGACUAACCAGUAAAUUUGAGAAUAAUAAAUCGCAUAAUGGUAGUCAAUUGGUCAAAUAGAAGCUUAUAAUAAGAGGAAUAGAAAUAUAUACAGUUUAGUUUCUUAACAGUUAUACAGUAAGAAUAUAUGUAUAAAAUUGGUCCAUAAAUAAUUAUUAGCGGUUACUAUUCAUUUAUUCUCGUUCAGUUAUAGCACUUAUUAAACACGGAGACACAUUAACCUUGUAAGCCGCUUCACUGACAAUCUGUAUUUGAUAGCGAAUGCUUUAGUUCUGUCAACUACGUAGGGAGUACUAGAUUUUUAAUGUAUUCUGUUCAUCAUUUACUUAAUCACAAUAAAUAAUGUUCGGGAAGACUACGGUUUGGAUUCAGGGUCGUUCUAAUUGGCGCUCUUCAUAAUAACACUUAUGCUUAGACCAUAGCAUCGAAGUGAUCUAACUUGGAAGCCUAUCAUUUAAAUGGAUUGAAAGUAUAUGAUGAGUCGUAGUAAUGAUGUCUAACGUGGAUGCAGUGUUUAUGCUCUCAAUUUUUGUUAAUAAUUCAGCAGUGACAUCACUUUUAAAAGGAAGAUUGUGAUAAAUCUUUUCUUAAGCCGUCUAUUGAAGGUACUUUCGUUGUAGCAGUGUUCAAAAAUGUUUUUAACUCCUGUCUCUUGCUCUUUAAAAGUACUUUCUGGGUAAGUGGUUUUCGAUCAUAAUGCCAAAUAACAAUUGAUAGAGUUUGCUAGUCCUUAAUCUAGUAUCCUCAUCUGUUCGUAAACAAACUUUUCAGAUAUUUUCAUACUAUUUAUUUAUUGUUAGUAGCUUGUACAUUCAUAGGAAUAAAAUAUUAAUUUUAUCUGGUUGAAUAAAGUACU